AUGGCUGCUACAUCAAGAAUCUACCCCAUUGCACUCACCCUGGCUUUCAUUUUCUUUAUUACAUUUCUGAUUCCUUCAGUUGGGGCAGUAGAGUCAGGUGACAGUGAGAGAUGGUUGCAGCAAAGUAAAAUGGUGUUGGGGUCAAGGCCUCCCCGUUGUGUGAACAAGUGCUUGAGUUGCAGGCCUUGCAUGGCUGCUCUUGUCAUUCCUUCCCACCAAUGGAACAAAUUCAAAGCAACAAACCAUGGCGAUGGAGAUGAUAACUAUUACCUCCUCUCCUGGAAAUGCAAGUGUGGGGAUAAGCUCUUUCAACCUUGA